AUGGCGCCUCCCAGUGGGCACCUGCUGCUUCCCAAAAUAUGGAGGGCAGCAAGGUUUGCCUAUGAGAAGGCCUCCAAGGCCAUACGGGCCAAAUUACCCGAACCAACCCAAACUUCUGCCUUGCGUUAUCAACCAGUCUAUGCCCGCAUUAACACCGGGCAACCUAUCAGCCGCGCCGCAGCUAUUCGCCAGGCCCGCAGUCGUCAUUUCUCGACUCGGGCUGCUGGAGCCUUCGUCUCCGCCGUUCGUGGUGCCCAAGCAGAUGUCAGUGGUUACAAGGCUACUCGCAUCGCUUCAAGCAUCAGCCGCCUCACUGCACGUGCUCCGUUUGCCUCGACUCUUCGUCCCAACCUAACUGGCGGUACAUUGAGUCGCACAGCGAGCGGAUAUGCCUUCGGCGCUGGCCGUUUCGGUGGAGCUCGGUACUUCUCUCAUGGACCCGCGGCUCCAGCUCAGGUCAUUCAGAAUGUGUCGCAGGGGGUCCGGGCGUUUUUCCUUUCGGGACAAAAGGUCCGUUUUGAUGGCAUUGAUCCCCACACGGGUGAAAAGCGGUACAAGGCUGUUAGUGCUAUUCAAGACCAGGCUGGCCGGAAGAUGACGGCUAUUCCUCGUACCGCCCCUGGCUCGCACAUUGACUUCCAGCUUUCUCCCACCAUCACUGCCCUCGGUGUCUUCGCUGGUCUCAACAAGGAGAAUGGCGCUGUUGCCGCUCAGACACUCCAGUCCGAUGGACUUAUGGAUAUGCUCUCUGGUGACUUUGCUCGUGCCCUGAAGGAAUUCGCUACUAUCUUGAAUGAUCUCAAGCGUCUCUCUUCAUUAGGUGAUCUUCCGAUCCUUCUUCAUGAUAAAUCAACCAUCCGCGUACACUUCCCUGGUUAUGACGCCGAGACAGUCGAGCGCCUCUGCGAUGAGGUCGGCGUGCAGCGAGGUCGUGUUGUACAGGACGAAGACUUUGAUUUUCGCACGGGUGCUGAUCUAGCAUUGCUAUUUCCAUUCGCCCCUAGUGUUGCCCCGUCCUCUGAUACCGAUUACUACUUCGAGAAGCCCGCAAAUCCAUAUCAUGCGGCUACUUCGGAGCUAGACUGGCACGCUAUGCUUACACCGGAGAGCAGCCCAAUUUCUCGAAAGUCGCAAGACUCUGGCAAUGCGAUUAGCUUCGAUGACAAUGAGUUGUUCUGUGAGAAUCCGUGGACCUCGCCACAAUCGGCAUACUCUAGUAUUAACAUCAGUGAACUUGGAGAUCGUGCUUUCUUCCCAGAUGUCCUUGACUCCAGCGCUUGUCCGUCUCAGAGCGUGCUAGAGUAUGAUGGUGUGCAAGGCAUUUAUAGAUUCUUGGCCGAGUGUGACCAGGCGCGACGGUAA